AAGGAGCUACCCUUUUAACUGGGGAAAAAGAUUUGGAAACAAGGGCUACUACAUUGAGCCUACAAUUUUCUCUAACGUUAAGGAGGACAUGCUAAUAUCACAAGAUGAGAUAUUUGGACCUGUCAUGGUGCUUUCUAAGUUCAAGAGCAUUGAGGAAAGAAUUGAGAAGGCGAAUAGCAGCAAAUAUGGGCUAGCGUCGGGAAUUGUGACAAAGAACAUGGAUAUUGCAAACACAGUGUCAAGGUCCAUCCGAGCAGGUAUUGUUUGGAUCAACUGCUUCUUUGCCUUUGAUAUUGAUUGCCCUUUUGGAGGCUACAAGAUGAGUGGAUUUGGAAGAGAUUAUGGAUUGGAAGCACUCGAUUAGGUUAUUUAAUUACUUUACUUUGAAUAUUUUGUAUUAUUAGUGGAUUGCAAUUUAAACGAAUAUAAGUCUAAGUUUAGUUA